AUGGAGAUUAUCGUAUCCUCCUAUACUUUUUGUCUCAUCCUGCUGCUGCUGUUUACGACUCACCAAGGUGCCAUGGAUAUUCGACAGAUUGAGAAACAGUGUGCGGAUUUGUCACUGGCUGAUGAAGAGAUUGGCGGAUUGGACGCACCCGAUUUGCAGACAAUACCCGAUGGAUCGAUUCACUAUAAUCUGGUUGGUCGCCUCCUCACGGAUCGGCAGGUCCGGUUCGACCACUUGCAGCAGGUUCUCGCGUCUGUAUGGUGCCCAGUCAUGGGAAUGUACGUGGUUUCGCUAGCGAACGAUCUUUUCUUAUUCCAGUUUCCGCAUCCGAGGGAUCUUCAGCGCGUGGUUGAUGAUGGACCGUGGUCCUUCGAGAAUAAUCAUUUGAUUUUGGAGCAGGUUCUGAGGGGUGUUCUACCGGAAGAGGUGAAGCUGGAUUCUGUUCCUUUUUGGAUCCAGGUUCACGGUUUGCCUACCAUGUAUGCCUCAUCCGAAUUCCUCGCGAAGAUCGGGGAGUAUGUGGGUGAUUUCAUUGCAGCCGACCCUUUCAAUUUUGGAGGGGCAUGGAAGAGCUACCACCGCAUCCGUGUUCGACUAAAUGUCUCAUCUCACCUGAAGCGACGUAUGCGUCUAAAGCGGCGGGAUGGCACCAUACAGUGGAUCACGUUCAAAUAUGAACGUCUAAGUACUUUCUGCUAUUGCUGUGGUAUAUUAGGCCACUCUGAUAAGUUCUACAAAACUGUGUACGAGGAAGGCAUUCUGCCAGACGCAUUUCCGUUUGGCACCUGGAUGCGGGCAGGGCCGAGACGCCAAGUUAAACCAAUUGGAUCGAAGUGGCUAUUACAGACCCCUAAUUCAUCGCCGGAGCCAUCUACUCUCCCUCCGGCUGGGCCAUCGCCGACUGUUCUGGUGGGACUGGAGGAAGCAGGAGGGUUAUAG